UUUCUGGACAUAUAUAUUUAAGUCCGACCCCGCUAUUUUUCAGGGUCGGACCGGGCCAGUCCGCAAGCUUUGGUCCUAAUUGACAUAGCUAGCUCAGUCAAAGGUAUAUUAAGGGACAUUUUCACCUUAGGGGUCCGAUUUAAUUUUUUUUUAUUUUUUUUUGAAAAUUUACCUGAAAAAUUGUAAUAUUUUAAUUUUCUUCGGCGAAUAUAUCGCAAGUUAUAUAAGGAUAAAGGAUUUAUCACUUUUUAAAAUCUCAACCACAAGUACAGUUAAAUUAACAACUAAUAUUUUCCAGCAAAUCCGGACAAAUAUUCUUUCGAUACUUUGUGUGUUUACACAAGUGGCAGAUUAAAGUAUACAGAUUCAUAAUUAUGUGCCCGUAUAAACAAAAAUACAGGAGGACUAACUUGUGAUCGACUUGUGUGUGUUUUUGACUUGUGAGUUUUUUGUGACCCCCUCUAAUGUUUCUUGUCUUUCGUACCUCCAAUACCUAAAAUGUUCAAAAUACCUCCGACAAAGAAAAGAAAAUAGAAAAAAAGAAGUAAAAGUUGACACAUGAGACAUCUUUUCUAUUUAUACAAGCAAAAAGACAAUAAAAUUUCCUCAAUUCUAUCUUCGUUCCUGAACAAAACUGGACCCAAAACGAAGAAAAUAAAGAGUUAUUCAAAUCAAGUCAAUUUCUUGAUACUUUGCUAGGAAGUGAGAAAAAAACAGAGAGGGGUCCAACUCUAAAAAAAAGACUGGUGAAUAGCUAAAUUAAAUAUCAAUAUUACCCUCAAUAACCAUCACAAUUUCAAACAGUGCUAAAAGCCUAAAAACUCAAGCAAAGUAUAAACCACACAUCAUGAGACAGACAGACAUGUGACAAGAAAUAAAAAUAUCUAAUUCGGUGACACUUUGUAUUAAUAAGACUUCAAACACAAUCUAGAAUAAAGGAAGAAGUGGAUUUUGAUUAGUUAACGUACUAAUUACUUAAUUAGUUUCACUAAAUCCUUCUUCCCCGCGCUGUGCCUGUGUCUUUUUUUUUGUUUACUUUCCCCUAUCUCUCUCUCUCUCUCUCUAUUCAUUAUCUCUCUCUAUCUCUCUGUUCUCCUCUACAGAAGAAGAAGAAGACAAUGCCAGUUUCUGCAGAGGCUUCUUCGACGACAAUAGGUCAACACAUCAAACUCCAACGACCUAGGAAUCAUCGAAACCUCCAACCCACUUCCACCGCCGACGAGCCUCUUCUCCCCAAACCUCCUAGCAGCCGCGUCUGUAAAUCCGCCAUGUCUUCCUUCUUCCUCUUACCAACAACAACAACAACCAACGAAACCACCAGAAAGAAACCAAACGGUUUCACCCAAACGGCGUCGUUUCGUGCUCUAGGCUGCACAACCUCCGCAUCUCAGCAAGUUUCUGUCCCCGCUGUGAUUCGCUCUUCAGCAGACUGGGAUGCGAAUAGUAGUAAUCACAAAAUCAAGAAGACGAAGAAGAAGAACAAGAACAAAGGUAACAGCAGCUACAAUGGCGGCGGUUCGAUUAAGAUCUUGAGCGAGUCUACUAGUAGUAGCAACGUUGGUUGCGCGGCGAUUCCUGAUGUCUGGUGCGGACCUGGAGUUGGGUUUUCAACGGAUGCGGUUGUCAGCGGCUCCGUUGAAACCGUCGAGUCAGAUCCUCCGAGAAGGAAUAUUCCGGUGAGACGCAAAAUCGAUGGAGAUAAUAAAACCAGUCAUAACCAACAGAGAGAGGGUUCUUCUCUUCUUCCCAGACGAUCUCUCAAUCAAGAAUCCAAUCCUUAUUUCGAUUCUGAUUCGACCUUUUUGACAUCGCGGGCUGAACAGAGUGAUAGAUAUCAUCGUCAUCUACGUCAACCUUACUACCCUGAUGGACUCGCUGAGUUGCAGAUGAUGAUGCUGCAGAAUGGUUUUGUAAUGGGAGGGGUAGUAAGCUUAAACGAUCGCUUCCGUGACUUGAGGCUCAAUGUCGAUAACAUGACAUACGAGCAACUUUUGGAGCUUGGUGAUAGAAUUGGGUAUGUGAACAAUGGACUUAAUGAAAAACAAAUCAAAAGCUGUCUACGGAAAGUCAAACCAUUCCGUUUAGAUACACCAGUUGAAGACAGAAAGUGCAUCAUCUGUCAAGACGAGUAUGAGGUUAAGGACGAGGUAGGGAAAUUAAAAUGUGGGCACAGGUUCCAUACCCACUGUGUGAAACAAUGGCUAGUGAGGAAGAACUCUUGUCCUGUUUGUAAAACGAUGCCGUACGUUAAGUCUUAGAUUUAGAGAGGUAUAUCUCCUCCUGUGAUGAUGAUUCCUCAUUUUGGGAUUGAAACCAAUCACUAUUUAUUUAUUUUUCUUUGAAAGAACCAAAUCUUAUGUUAGAUUAUUUUGGGCUUUUUUUAUUCAUGAUUGCUGUUUGAAACUUUUGUAUAACCUAUGGAAAAAGUCUCAUGCGACAUUGUGAACCC